UAUUUUUAUUUUUUUUGUUUUUUUAUUAUAAUUUUACCUCGUCUUCACCCUGUGGGUACAUCCCUGAGAGAGAAUAAAAAUAAUAGAUUCCAAGCAAACAGGACAGGCUUGGGACUACGGACUCUGUCACAUACUCCUCUACUAUUAUCUUUGCCCCUGAUCCCAUCUGUCCUCACUGCAACAACACCGACAUGAGGAAAGAAGGCUCGCUUCUCUAUCCCUCUAACAAUGGGGCCCGCUACGAGCUGACGAGCCCAACGGCCAUGCCCAAGGCCGGCGGCUUCCUGUGGAACCAAAAGAUGAUGAUCCAAAUCACCUGCCGCGGAUAUGCCACUGCACAAUUCAUGCAGCCGGAGCCGGCAAAGUAUGCCUACGCACCCAACAUUGAAGCCAAGACCUUCAUGCAGCCGGAGCCGAACUACUAUGCCCACCACCCGGGCCGGUUCGUCUACAUCAAGGACCUCGAGACGGGCCAGCUCUUCUCGGCGCCAUAUGAGCCAGUCCGGGCGACGGCAGACCGAUUCGUCUUUUCCGUCGGCAAGACCGAUGUCGCCUGGGUGGUCGAGCACAUGGGCAUCCGCGUCGAGAUGGUCAUGGGCUUGCCGACACAUGACGUCGCCGAGCUGUGGACCAUCAAGGUGACCAACAUCUCCGGCCGCUCUCGCAGAAUCAGUGUCACGCCCUACUUCCCCAUCGGCUACAUGUCAUGGAUGAACCAGUUCGCCGAAUGGAGCGAGGACCUGGUCGGCGUCGUUGCCAGCUGCAUUACCCCGUACCAGAAGGCCGCCGACUACUUCAAGAACAAGUACUUGAAGGACAAGACAUACUUCUUGUGCGAGACGCCGCCAGACUCGUGGGAUGCCAAUCAACAGGCCUUUGAGGGCGAGGGCGGGCUCCACAACCCCUCCGCUCUGCAGGAGCCGAAGCUGACUUGCAGGGAUGCUCGAUACGAGACGCCCACGGCCGCCGUCCAAUACCGCAUCGAGCUUAAUGCCGGCGAGGAGAGCGAGUACCGAUUCCUGUUCGGUCCUGCCUACGACGAGGCCGAGAUCCGCACCAUGCGCUCGCGCUACCUGAGCAAGGAGGCCUUCCUGCGGACGGCCGACGAGUAUGCCGCCUACAUGGAGCGGGGGCGCGGUUGCUUGCGCAUCGAGACGCCCGACAAGGAGCUCGACAACUUUGUCAACAACUGGCUGCCCCGCCAGGUCUACUACCACGGCGACGUCAACCGUUUGACCACCGAUCCCCAGACGCGAAACUACCUGCAGGACAACAUGGGCAUGAACUACAUCAGGCCCGAGGUGUCGCGCAGGGCCUUGAUCACGGCCCUUUCGCAGCAGGAGGCCAGCGGCGCCAUGCCGGACGGCAUCUUGCUCGCCGAGGGCGCCGAGCUCAAGUACAUCAACCAGAUCCCUCACACCGACCAUUGCGUGUGGCUGCCUCUGACGCUCGAGGUGUACCUGUCCGAGACGGGGGACUACGGGCUGCUGAAGGAGCGCAUCCGGACCGAGAACGGCGACAACUUCACCGUCUUUGAGCGCCUGUGCCGCGCCAUGGACUUCCUCCUGAAGCUGCGUGACGAGCGAGGGCUCAGCUACAUCGCCCAGGGCGACUGGUGCGACCCCAUGAACAUGGUCGGCUACAGGGGCAAGGGCGUGUCGGGCUGGCUGACGAUCGCCACCGCCUUCGCGCUCAAGCUCUGGGCCGGCGUCUGCGAGCACGAGGGCGCCACCGAGCUGGCAGAGCGCUUCCGCGCGGGCGCCGACGAGUGCAACGCCGCAGCCAACAAGUACCUCUGGGACGGCGACUGGUUCGCGCGCGGCAUCACCGACGACAACGUCGUCUUCGGCAUUAAGAAGGACCUCGAGGGCCGCAUCUGGCUCAACCCGCAAUCCUUCGCCAUCCUCAGCGGCGCCGCCAGCCGGGAGCAGGUCUCGAGAAUGUUGCCGGAGAUCGACGCCCAGCUCGACACCCCCUACGGCGUCGUCAUGUUCGCGCCACCCUUCACCAAGAUGCGCGAGGACAUUGGCCGCGUGACGCAGAAGGCGGUCGGGUCGGCGGAGAACGGCGCCGUGUACAACCACGCCAGCGUCUUCUAUGUCCACAGCCUGUACCGGCUCGGGGGGCAGCAGGACCGCGCCUAUAAGCACCUCCGCCAGCUGAUCCCCGGCCCCAGCGAGGCCGACUACCGCCAGCGCGGCCAGCUGCCUAUCUUCCUGCCCAACUACUACCGCGGCGGCUGGCACCAGUUCCCCCGGACGGCCGGCCGGUCCAGCCAGCUCUUCAACACGGGUACCUCCUCGUGGGCCUACCGCUGCGUCAUCGAGGGGUUGUGCGGGCUCCGCGGCGAAGCCGACGGUCUGGUUGUCCGGCCCCAGCUGCCCAGCGGCUGGGACGCCAUCAAGGUGACACGCGAGUUCCGCGGCGCCACCUUCCGCUUGGACGUCCGCCGCGCCGACGUCCAGGACGUUGUCGUCAGCGUCGGCGGCAAGACCCUGCCGCAGCCCAAGAUCACCGAGUUCAAGGCUGGUGAGACGUAUCAAGUUUCGGUUCUGGUGCCUCAGUAGGCGCUAGAUAGUUUUCUCUUUUUUUUUUCUACUUCUUUUUUUCCUGUUCCUUUUUCUUCCCCUGUGGAGGGGCCAACAAAAG